AUGACACAUAAUUUAGAACUUAAAAAUUACUUAUGCGAGUUGUGUGGAAAAUCCUUCAAAAUUCGGUGGUCUCUUAUUGCCCAUAAAUUAGCACACACUAAAAGCAAAUUUCAUAAAUGUUCAAAAUGUAAAAGUGUUUUUAGUAGUUAUCCCAGUCUGAGACGUCAUUAUUUAAGUCACUCCGGCAAACAUUAUUUAUGUAAUUAUUGUGAUAUAAAGUGUCAAAGAAAAGAUAAUUUAAUAAGACAUAUUAGAAAUACUCAUCCCGGCAAGGAUACAGCUUACAUUAAUAAUAAAUUGCAUAAAUGUGUUAAAAGAAGUUUAUCUUAUGACAAACCCAUAAAAAAACAAAUAGUUUUUGAAAUGAAUAAAGAUAAAAAUAAAAAUAGUGAUAAAGAAGAUUUAGUACCAAAUAUAAAUACUUCAAAUAAUAUUCUGCUAGACUCUAAUACAAUACCACAUAAUUCAAAUAAAGACCCAAUGGAUUACAGCAAUGGUUUUUCAUUACAAGAAAAGAAAUUCAGAAUACCUGUAAUCAAUGGACCCAUAAAAUUAUCUUUCAAAAAUAUGCAACAUUCAGUUAAUAAUGUUAAUUCACUUAAUACAUCCAAAAACGACAACAGUAAGGCAUGUGAAGAUCACCAUAUAGAAAUUUACCGGAAAAUACUUCAAGCACCUUCAGCGAGAAAAACAUUAGGAUCAAGUACUGAAACAAGUGGAUCCAUUGAACCUACAUUUAACAAUAUUAAUAAAACAAAUACUUCUAAAAGUUUAAAUGGUAUUGACUCGCUGAGUGAUGAACAAAGAAAAGAAUAUCAACAUAUUGAAAUUUAUCGUAAAAUUUUAAUGCCAUCAUACACACAAAAAGACAAAGUAGAUUCAAAUUGUUACAAAUCUAACACUCUUAAAGAUCACUUCACAGAAACACAAAGUCCUGAAAAAUUUCAUGCAAGCAUUUUGACUUCUGAUAAUAAGCCAUAUACAAAUUAUAUAAGUUCCGACAAAAUGGGUGAAAUAAAUCACAAAGAUUAUGAUAACCAUGUCAGCACAAUAACUUUAGUUGCUGGAAAUAAAAUUAUGUGUUCCUUAAAUGAAGAUGUACGAACUGUACCUACAAUGAUUAAUCUUUAA